GAGUUCGCCCUAGAGCACAACGCUCCCAGGCACGACUUACGAAGCAGCCGCCAGAUCGAAGAUUUCAACAUGAGCCUCUGCCUCCGGUGUCCCUCUUCCGCCCCGCUCCACUUCUGACCGCCGCGACUUCACUCUCUCGGGUCUUUCCGUCACUUCACUCCGGCGUCUCUUCUCUGUUUGGCUCCAUGCUGUCUGAAGGUGUGACUCUGCUCAAGCUACUCCCCUCGAGUCAGGUAGAUUCAGCAGAACAACGGUUCGUUCUAGGUGAGAGGACCUUGUCGGGGAACCUCGUCGCUCCUCCUCCUCGUUCCCCAGAGCCACCAGACCCACCGGUCCCGCCAGAUCUACUCCAUUCACCUCUGAAUCGAACCAGUACGCAUCCCUCUCGUCCCGUCAGAGCCAUGAACACGCAGCUUGAUCGUUACGUGCCAAACCUAGCCUUAAGGGCCGUGUCUCCACCUCUGCAAGAUUGGUGUAGUAAUGUGGAGAUUUUGGUUGAAGAAAACGUCUCCAGGCUGGUCUCUCUCCAACACUCAGCAAAUCAAAGCUUUGAGGACUGGCUUUUGAUUGUUAAAGUAUGGGUGGUGAUUUGCUUCGUGGAUGUUCAGCCCUUCCUCUUCACCUCCGGUGGUCUUUCAACCCGCUUCAUCUACGAGAUCCGACGACAUCGUGGCGUUGAGGCAAAGCUAAACCAGAUCUGCCUUGCCGGUAGAGUCUACUGCUCCACCGUACUUGCUGCUCCCUGCUUCUCCACUGCCAUUCAUGUCGACCUCCUCCCCACCGGUAAUGAUAAUACCACCACCCCCUCUAUCUCACUUCGACGCAGUAUACCUGUAUCCAUCUCCAUUAUGUGUGCCCUGCAACAACGAUUCUCCCUUGUGCUCUGGACUACAACGACGAGUCCCACCGGACGUGGAGAGGUUGAUUUAUCAUCGCUCUCUAGUGAGCAAUCUGAGAACGUCUGGCGCGACUCUAAAUUCAGGCAUUUCAGGCCUUCUGGUCACUGUUACAGAGUUUCUCAACUCUUAACGGCCAUGUUUUCCGACUUAUUUGAGAUUCACAUAGUCUCGUCGGAAAGUUCAGUCGGUGUUAAUACCGAUUUCGCUGGUCUAAUGGGCUGCUCAGCCACAUCCAGCUCCUCAACAGGUAGUUUUGCCGUCCAAACCUAUCUGUUAGGUCUCUUCAACGUCGAUUCCGACUAUUUCUUGCUCGCUGCUGUGAGCAUUGUUUCAAGGGUACAAGUGAAGUCUUUUCAGAGGUUUCUUUACUUUGAGCAAGUCUCCCUUUGUAACAUAUCUAUUCUUUGUGUUAUUGUUCUACAUUUGUUGUUAGUCACACUGUCGAGUAUACCUCCAGUUGUUAUCUUCUUGUUGUUGAACACUCUACCAGUUGUAGUUCGUCUAAGCCGUAUGGCCUUUUAAUUUUAAUAUAACCAGUUUGUGACAAAAAAAAAAAAACUAAAUAAUUAGAUUUUCAUAUAGAAUGAAGGGCUGGUCUGGGUAGAUAAACAUUUUCGAGCAAGAUGAUAAAUAUUCACAUGCCAAUAAACCGUGGGCGGCACUUUAAUCAACAUGCCAAUAUAACGUUGCGUCUAUAUAUAUAUGCCCGUAUUAUUCUCUUUGGAUAAGGACAUUUUCUGUGUUGUUUGCAUUCAUGUCUCCAAAAGGACCAUUCUCUUAACUUACCUUUUCAAUCAUCAAAACAUAGAAUAUUACUAUAUUAGGUGCGACUUAACACGAUGUAAAUGCACGGAGUCUCUAUAUUUUGACAAAAAUAAUUAACCAAAUUCAGAAAACCAGUAAUUAAUUUAUAUAUCAUAGGUGCAAGAUUAGUGUUUGGAUGAAACGCAAUUUCCAUGAUUGUAUCUUCGUCUCGUUUAUAUAAGACGUGUUCAGUUUUAUUUUAUAAACGAGGAUAUCGUUAAUGUCCACCCUUGUAUGGUGGGAUUAAAUCCUUUACGGAAUGUUAGAACUCCACCUUGAUAAAUGAAAAUGAAUUUGACCAAACAAAAAAAGAAGAUAAAUGAAAAUGAAUAAUAGUAAUAUAAGAAUCAGAUACUAAUUUAUAUUUUGCUAAUUACUAUUAAGAAUCAAAUACUAAUUUAUAUUUUGCUAACUACUAUGAGGAAUGGAAUUUUAUUAGCAUGAGAAUAAAAACAAAAAUUUUGUUAACAAAAAUCCGAAUAUUAGUAUGAACAAUGAAGUGAAUGUUCUGUCUUCUUCAGGGAUGAUGCCCAACGAAAAACACUAGUGGGUCGAAACAAAAUACAAAACCGUCAAAGGCAUUAAGAAAUUCGACCUACGUCAGUCAUCAAGGCCUUUUAGUAUAUAGAUCCUGGAGCCGGCUUCAGAAGUAUUAUUAUUUGGAUCUUCUGGGUCUGCUUUCUGGUCCAUUCCUUCUUUUUAUCGACCCCAUUGUAAGUGUAAGGUUUUUUUUUUUGGUCAUCAAGUGUAAGGUUAUUUAAAUUCUGAAAUAGCGGGAAAUGAUUUAGUUAGACAAAAAAUAUGUUCACAUACGUAUACAAACUAAAAAGUUUUGAUCAUUUCACAUACUAAACAAAACCAUAGCUAAAUCAUUAUGUAACAUGUUUGUUUCGUGUCGUCGAUAUAUGGGCUGCGACAAGUUUCAGCCAAUAGCAAGUAGCAACUAGCGAUAAGGAUCAACAACAAACAUCUUGUUUGUUUCAGAAUCAUUAGCAACUAGAUAUUUUGUUCGGUAGUCGCUGAUCUUUAGACGAGUUUCAAUGAUUAGCAACUACAUUUUCAGGCAGGUGCUAUAAAUUUUAAUAUUCUAACUUUUCAAUUUGUGACAAAUCAGUGAAAUGUACCAAUAUCGUUAAACCUUGUCGCCAACAACUACAAGUUAAACAUGUUUCAGUCGCUAUUGAUGUCAUUAAUUUUUCUUAAUAUCACUACCCUUGGCUUCUUCUACUUUUCUUUCUAACUUCUACCCUUAAUCACUAGCAGGGGUGAAAUUUUUCUUAAUAUCAUUAAUGUUGGUGAUGAUGUCUCCCGAGAUAUUCGGUGCUUUUUUGAGACUAGUAACUUUCAUCCACAGCAGAACGAAACCCAUAUCCGACUGAUUCCGAACACUAGCUUCCACAUACAUAUACACAUAAUAUAUUUUGAUAAAAAAAAAUACACAUAAUAUAUUUUAUCAUUUUCAUGCACCCAUUAAAAAUUUAUCCUGGAUUUUCCCCUGAUCACUAGCUUUCUCAUAUGGUCCUUGCUUCUUCUUUUGUCUAACUAGCUUUCUCUUUUUUUUUUCUCCGCUGCCAAUGCAUUUAAACUAGAUAAGUAAUUAACGGUAAAAAUAUUUCAUCUGUUUCAAAUAAAACGUAGUUUUAGAUUUUUGCAUACAAAUGACACUUAUUUUAUAAUAAAAAUUUACUCUACAUUUACACCUAAAUUGAAACGAAGUGAAUAUUGUUUUUAUGGUUGAGUUUAAUUUAAAAUUAAUCUCUCAUCUAUUAGUACGUAGUUCCAUGCCGGCUGGAAAACAUAUUGUAAAUAAGCCAAUCGUUAAGAUAUUCAUAAUUUAUACAUAAUUCAUUCCCUUUGGUCGAGUUGACUUCGUAGGACCAAAUCUCUAAUAAUUGAGAUACGAUCCAACCAUAAAUAUAAACUAGAAUAGAACCCGCGCCAUGCGCGGUAAAGUUUCAUUUUAAACAUUUAUUUUGUGCGGCUAAGUUUCAUUUUAAACAAUUAUUUUGCUUUAUAGAUUCUUUGAGUUCGUAUUUUUUAUCUUUAAGAAGGAUCGGACGUCGUCCCUGGAAUCUAAAAAUCUAAUAUUAGUCUUUGUAUACGGAGUAUCAGCCAUAAGUCGAUAUCAACUCUAACUCUAAAUGAGUCAUUCUAAACUACUAAUUAUAAUCUUAAUUUUCUAUUCCAUCCAGCUUUAAAUCAUUAGAGAUUUUUUUAUAAAUAUUUUAUAUAAUAAAAUUUAAAUUGAUUAGAUGAACCCGUGUUUAAUAGUUCAAAAUUAAAAUAUAACAUAUGAAAUCCAAAAUAUAACUUUAAUUAAAUAGAUUAGAUAUAUUUUAAUUUUUAAUUUUUUAUUUCAAAUACAAAUGAAUAUUUUUUAAGAAAAUUCUAACAAAAUAUUUUAAUUUUUUAUUCCCAAAAAUUAAUUAAUUUAAAUUUCAGUUAUCAGUAAAAUAUAAUUAAAUUAUUUGAUGUGAUUUUAAUUUUUAUUUUUAAAUCAAAACUUAAUUAAUUUUAUAUUUAAUUAUAUUUUAAUAAUAAUCAGAAUUUAAACUAAUUAAUUGCGAAAAUAAAUUGCAAAUAGUGUUUUUAAAUAUUUUGUUUGAAUUUUAUAAGGAAAGUUGCUUAUUUGUAUUUCAAAUAAAAGAUUAAGAUAUUAAUGAUAUUGUAAUUAAAUUAUGUAUAAUUUAAUAAAUUUUCUAAGACAUGGUCCAAAUAAAAGAUCACACAUAAAAAAGUCGUAAGACUUUAAUUUAAUAAAUUAGAUAUUGCAAAAGCUUUCAUUUUAAAUAUAAUAUAAUAUAUACUGAAUUUUUUAACGUUUUUAAUUUUGCAUUCACACAUGUUUUUAGUUUCAUAUAAUUACAUUUUAAAUUAAAAAUAAUUUUAUAAGUUUAAUGAAAGUUUAUAUAAAUAUUACAUAUGAAAGUUAAAAUAGUUAACCCACCAUUUUAACAUCUUUUGCA